AUCUGCUGGUUCAGUGGCGCUAAAGCGAGGAGCUCUACCGGAAGGUGCUUGAGGCGGUCGGAGCUGCUCCGAGGCAAAUUGUAAUGAAUUACGAUACACUGUGUGCUUUGACUUUUUUGUUCAAAUAAUGUCAGUACGUACAGUCAUGAUAAAGAAACAAUCAAAGCACGCUACUUUCGCUCAUAGAGAGUUUAUUUUGCAAGUCUUGACGGGACCGAUGCAGUAAUUGUAGCAUACUUGACUGUCCCGGUUAGUCCGGUGCUCUAAACAGGGAACAUGUCGGUGCUGCUGGUGCUCGUAGCAGGAGCUGUUUCCUUCUAUGUCAUAGUCUACUACGGUGUGUUCAGAGGAGCGAAAUGCUUGAGUUCUGUAAAGCUGAAAGGGAAGACUGCCAUUGUCACAGGUAGCAACACUGGCAUCGGCAAGGCUACGGCCCUGGAUCUGGCAAAGAGAGGAGCCAGGGUGAUCCUGGCCUGCCGCAACAAGGAGAGAGCCGAGGCUGCUGCUUUUGAUAUCCGCAGAGAGAGUGGGAACAGCCAGGUGGUGUUCAUGCAGCUGGAUCUGGCAAGCCUGAAGUCUGUUCGCAGUUUUGCUGAAACAUUCCUGAAGACUGAACCCAGACUGGACAUCCUCAUCAACAAUGCAGGUGUGAUGGGUCCAGGGCGUACCGAGGAAGGCUUCGGCCUGGCCUUUGGGGUAAAUCACUUGGGCCACUUCCUGCUCACCAACCUCCUCCUGGAGCGGCUGCAGCAGUGUGGUCCCAGUCGAGUGGUCACAGUGACUGGACUCCUGUACCGCUUUGGAAACAUUGACUUUCCUCUCCUGGCUUCCAAAAAGGACUUAGUGCCAGGUCAGCUUACCUGGCACAACUUUCAGGCCUACUGUCACAGUAAACUGUGUAACGUGCUCUUCACCAGGGAGCUGGCCAACAGGCUGCAGGGCACCAAAGUCUCCUGCUACACCCUACACCCAGGAGUAAUCUACACAGACCUGUGUCGAAAUUUGAGUCUAUGGCUGCAGCUCCUUAUGAUGCCCUUUGCCGAGCUCUUCUUUCUGGACCCUGAAGGAGGGGCCCAGACCACUCUACACUGUGCCCUGCAGGAGGGCAUCGAGCCUCUCAGUGGGCGCUACUUCUCGAACUGUGUGCUCCAACAAGUGGGAGCCAAGGGACGAGAUGAUGCCUUGGCAAAGAAGCUGUGGGAAGGGUCGCCACGUGGAAUCAAUUGCCUCCAUCUAACCCUGUCUUCUGCAUCCUCUUCUCUCACACCAACUACCUUCAUGUCCUCUUUAACCACAUCCAUAAACCUCCUCUUUGGUCUUCCUCUAGGCCUCCUGCCUGGCAAUGGGAAAAAUGAUAAUCUUCUGGGUGAAAAUUUAAAAUAACCUAAAGAUCUGAUUGUAAAACUUUGAGUCUAAGCCUGAUAUUUCCUAUGUGCAUUUUACAUUUAUUUCUUUCUCCUUUUCCUAUCUCUGUGUUACCAAUUUCCAAAUCUUCUUCACUACAGGAAGCAACAGUAACAGCCUCUGUACAGCAACCAACAGGCUGAAAAUGGCAAAGUUUGUUAAGGAUUUGGAUUGUGCAGUAGGACAAGCCUGUGAUUGUUUUGGUUAAUCAGCCACCAAAACAGUUCCCCUGACCCCAGAUUGCAGGAGCACUGUUGCUGCAUUCUGGGCUUUACACUGCCCAAGAUGAUAAUGAUGAGUUUAAAGAAAUACAAACAAUCCAGAGCAUUUGUCCCCCUCUGGUAAAAUGAUAUUGAGGUGCACUCGGUCUGUUCUCAUGCAUUGACACAGUGCUGUGGAGACAGGUCUGUAUAUGGAACUACAAACAAACUUUAGCAGAAAACUUUGUUGAAAACAGAUUUAAUUAAAAGGGCACUUUUCAGCUUGUAUCCUUCAGUGUUGAUUGGCCCUUACAUGUGAUGUGUAACCAGUCAGAUAGUGCUGUGGGCAUCGCUUUGCUUGAGAUCACACACUAGAGACAGAUAGAGAGCAGCUUCUCUUUUAAAAGUAGCACAUUUUUAAAUUCCACUCUUUAUUAGGAACUGGUUAAAAGGAAGGCCAAACAGGAGGUUUAUGGAUGUAGUGAAAGAGGAGAUGAAGAUAGUCAGUGUUAGAGAAGGGAAUGCGGAGGAUAUGGUUAGAUGUAAGCAGAUGAUUCGCUGUGGAGACCACUGAAGGGAAAAGCUGAAAGGAAAAGAAGAUGAUUAGGAAUUGGUUUAAAAAAAUAAUGAUAAUGGCAAAUACCAUAUCCAGUAAGUAGCCAGGCUAAUAAUUGGUCAGCUGCUACUUUCAAUAACAGAAGACAAACUAUUUUCUUUAGCUUCCUUGCCAUAUAUUUGUGCUGACUUUAUCAAAUGGCAGACUUCCACAGAGAGAUUUCACGAUUGUGCUUCUGGUUGAACCACAUUUUCUAAAUGCACUUUAUGAGGAAAUGUUCUUCAAACCUUCCUACUGUCAAUUACAAAUUCCAGCUUGGCCUGAUUUAAUCUGCUGCUACCAGUGUUAGUCCAGGGAAAGAAAAUGCAAAAUAGUUUUAGAUUAGCCCUGCUGGUGAAGUCAUUCCAGAGCCCUGUGGAAAUGAGGUGUAGUGCUCUUUCCUCAGUCAUUGUUGCUUGAUACCCACUGAUGAGACAAAACAUUGGGGCCACCUACCUAAUAUGCUGCAGUUACACUCAGUGUGGCAGCUCUGAUUUGCCAAGGCCGGACUUCUGAAGGUGACCUGUGGUAUCUGGUACCAAGUUAGCGGCAGAUUCUUUAAGUCCUUGAAGUUAUUGUUUGCUCUUACUCAGUCAUUUUGCCAUAACUGCUUGGCCCUCUUUGACCCUUGUCAAAGUAGCUCAUUGCUAGUUCUUGCACCGACUGUCCAAGGCACCAACGGUGCCGAAGGACUAGUUGCCCAUUUCUCUCACAACCAAGACUGUAAGAAUGAAGUGUUCACUUCCUGUCUGAUACGUCCCACACUUAUGCACUGAGUUCAUUAGAUAACCAACAUUUUUCGCUUUAUCUGAGUGAUCAGAAUGAUUUCACCUAUUGGCGUAUUUGUUGAAGGGCAUAUUUUUGGUAGUGAAAUUCACCAAAGUAGGGCAUUGAAAUUCAUCCUCUCAUUUUUCAUGUCUUAUGUCAUGUUUCUUCUAUGGAAAUGUUUACCCCACAGUGUUGUUUGUCCUUAGAAAUUAGGGCUGUAGUCGUGUGUGUAUUUGUCCCAAACCAGCUAGUACAUUAUAUUGACUUCAAGAGGAGUUUAGAUUCUUAACUUUCAGUUUUCAAAAUAUAUUAUUUUAAGCACUGUACCAAAAAGAACUGUGACUCCUUGAUGUACAUGGUGGACCAUGAAUUUUGUGUACCUUUAGACCACCACUGUAAAGUGUCCUUAAUGAGCUUCUCUGUGGUUGGAGAUGUUCCUAAUAACUGAGAAAUGUUAAUUGUGUUGAACCUUUGCUAAUAAAGUUUGGCCACUCUGGAAUCAUUA